AUGGAACAAGCAAGAGACGCCGCCCAGGCAGUCAGCGAGUUCUUCCAAGGAAAUCCGUUCCAAACAAUAGUUGGCCAUAAAAUAGGUAUGCUUUUCGCUGUCACUCGCAAAGUUUUUACUUUUCAUCUGAAUCCGAUACCAAGGGAAGCCAUACGGGCAAUUCGCAGACGGCUGCAGAUGAAUAUAGGCAAAAAUGACAUCGUGGUAAUGUACACCUUAACCGUAUUGGAAACGUGCGUGAAAAACUGCGACUUUCGCCUCCACCAUCUGGUGUCCCAAAAGGAUUUCAUCAACGAUCUGCUGAAGUUUAUUGGCCCAAAAUACGACCCUCCUCAGAACAUCCAGGAUCGCGUGUUGGGUUUGAUAAAGACAUGGGCUGAAGCAUUCCGAGGCAAAUCAGAGUUGUCCGGCGUCUGCGAGGUGUACGAUGAAAUGAAAGCAAAGGGUAUCGAAUUUCCAAAGAUAGAGAUGGAAAAGUCCCCACCUAUCUUCACCCCUCGUGUGUCAGCUCUCUCGCAGCAGACUCCCGUUGCUGCAAAAGCCGCCGCCUUUCCUUCCAUCGGACCACAACGCAAUAUGCUGACCUUGACUCCUGAACAGCUGGCGAAAUUGCGCAGCGAACUGGAUGUGGAUCUGCAUUCCACGUGCCAAGAAAUGCAGGAACGAAUCGUUGAUUUAAUUGGACGAAUAAGUUCGGAAGAAGUCACAAGCGAACUACUUGUCGUCAAUGAUGAAAUGAACAACGUGUUUGGGAAAACCGAGACAAUGCACCGAAACCGUCGUCUGCCACUGAGGACAGCAAUACUCCUAAUCUGA